AAGAAGGUGCGGCCAUGGCAGAGGGCAAAACUGGAGGUGCCGGACUGUUCGCAAAGCGGGUUCAAAAGCAAUUCAGCCGGGCCCAAGAAAAGGUUUUGCAGAAACUGGGAAAAACUGUGGAAACGAAGGAUGAACAGUUUGAGCAGAGUACAUACAAUUUCCAAGAGCAGCAGGUCGAAGGUCACAAACUCUACAAGGAGCUUAAGGUUUUCCUCAGCGCUGUGAAAGUGAUGCAUGAAAGCUCCAAGAAAUUGUCUGAAACCCUUCAAGAAAUUUACAGGGAGGAUUGGGAAGGAUAUGAUGAGCUGAAAGCCAUAGUGCAGAGCAAUGACCUUCUGUGGGAAGAUUAUGAGGCGAAACUGGUAGAUCAGGCAGUGAGGACUAUGGAGAAUUACUUGACUCAGUUCAAUGAAAUUAAGGAGCGAAUUGCAAAGAGAGGGCGGAAACUAGUGGAUUAUGAUAGCAGCAGGCAUCACUUGGAAGCCCUGCAGAAUGCCAAAAAGAAAGAUGAAGCUAAAAUUGCAAAGGCCGAAGAGGAGUUCUAUAAAGCCCAAGCUGUAUUUGAGGAUCUCAACAAAGAGCUAAGAGAAGAGCUUCCAGUCCUUUACAACAGUCGAAUUGCAUGCUAUGUGACAAUAUUUCAGAAUAUUUCCAAUUUGCGAGAUAUCUUCUACAAGGAAAUGAGCAAGUUGAACCAUGACCUGUAUGAUGUGAUGAGCAAAUUAGAAAAGCAACACUCCAAUAAAGUCUUUAUUAUUAAAGGGAUAUCAAGCAACAGAGGCUCACUGGUCAUCUCGUCUCCAGUUAGUUCAACCAGCCCUCCUUCCGUGCCCACAGAGAACAAAAGUGAGACACUGGCCUCUCCCACUGGCAUUUCUUCAAGCCUGGAAGGAGAAUCUGUUUUGGCAACUAAGGGAGCAUCUGCAUCCAGCAGUAUCAGUGAAACAGAGGAAGAGAGCCCUGCAUCUUUGGCCACAGAAUUGUCAUGCAAGGCAGAAGACAACACUGAAUCAGACUCUUCUGUUAGUGAGCCCCAAGAUGACAACCAAGUAGCAGAACCGGAGAAGUCCCUCAGUGCUUCCAGAGAGGCCCCACAGAAAGUUGAGGAGGUUGCAAAUAAUAUAGCAAUGGAGAUUUUAUCAGAGGCAGUGCUUCAGGCUGCUGGCAAAGGCACAAAUGUUGCUCAAGAGUCCGAAGACACUGCACAGCCCCUUUCAGAGAAGAUCUCUGAAGCCGGUGAUACUUGCGAGGAAGGCAGAGGUUCUCCACCACAGCCACGGGAUGAAAUUCCAUUUGUGCCAGAAGAGACAGUUGAACUGUCUCGGGAUGAAGCUCAGAUUGAAGGAUCAGAACAUCAGGGCAACAUCUCAUCGCUCAGUGACUGUUCUACUAAUCCUGAAGACAAACCUCCACCUUCCACCCAAGCUGAAAUUGUUCAAGAAGAAGGACCCAGUACCAUCAAUGGCUGCAUUACUUCUGCACUACCCAAAAAUGAAGCCAUCCAGCAGCAGCCAGAGAUAGGGGGAGUGAAUUGCCAGGGAGACCUCAGCAAUGCUGAAGAUGAGGGCAGCAGUGAUGGAAGCAUUGAAGAAAUAGACAUUUCCCCAAAGGUCACCAAUACCCAGACUAUCUCUAGCUUCUUCUUCAGUGAUGAAGAUAAAGAGAACUAUGGCAAGCUGCCCCUGGGUUUCAUGUUCAAGGCUCAGGCAAUCCAACCUCAUACUUCAGAUGAUGAGAAUCAUCUUCAGUUUGGAGAAGGGGAAACCAUAUUGGUGCUGUCGGAUGCACAGGCUGAGGAAAAAGGGCACCUGGUGGGUAUAAAGGAAAGUGACUGGAAGAAUAACCAGGACAUGCUACAGAAAGGCAUUUUCCCCCAAGACCUCAUCAAAGCUAUCCCCUUGAAAUAAGUGGAGAAGCUGGGGUAGAAGCAGGAUGAAGAGAAAACUCAGUACAGAGAAAGCUCCUGUUGUCUGAAUACUGGUUUUCCAAAGCUUCUUGUUAACCUGCUCUUUUCCUCACCCAUGUAAAGUUAUGUCAAUGUUAUAUCAUGCAUAUUUCAGUAUUUCUGAUAUCUGUGUAGCCCUGAAUGGUUUGGAUGUUCCCCAUAGCAGAGGUCUACAACUGGGAGUUCCUUGUGUCAAAUCCAGCUCCAAGGGUCACCACUUUGCAUUUCAAGAACUUUUUGGAGGUGAGAGAGGGAAUUGAACCUGUGUGUUAACAGGAAUGUCUGGCAGGCUACUUUAAAGAAUGGAGUUGGAGGCCUUUGACCUCUGUCAGAACUAGUUGCUGAUCCUAUCCCAGUUCAGCUGAGGCUGCCAUUCUAUAUACUAUUAUCUAGGUAGAGCUCCCAUUGAGCACAGAAAAACUUAUUUUUGAGUAGGCAUGCAUAAGAUUGUAUUCUUAGGUGAAGUUCAUUGUAUGGAUCUGUUGGAAAGUAAUAAGAUUAAUAAUUUUCACCAAAGAAUGCUUUGCCAGUGCCAUGCUAUCAAGAGUUUAUUAUGAAUUAUUAUUAAGUAUACAUAAGAGAAUGAGGUAGUUCUGUUUGCCUUAAAUAAAAAGAUGGCCCAGCAGCCAGAGAAGGGGUGGUAGGAAUGGGGAUUUACUCCUGCUUUAUAGAGGUGAAAGAGGAUGUGAAGUCUUUAGAAAUCUCGGGGCCCUUAGGCUUAACAGUAGUAGGUAAGGUGAUAAUUACUGGAUUUCAGAUGGCAGGUAGCACCUCCUGACGGAAUCUUUAUCUAGAUAGAUACUCCCAGCAAGGAGGAAAGCCAGAGGAAAAGAGCUCUGGUUCUUAUCCCUGAUGCAACUGAUUUGCAGGUGCAGAAACUUUUUUUACCCCACUUAAGGAAGCAUUCAGUAGUGUCAUUCUUUCUCUUGUAGUGUGAAGUAUUCCACUACAGGAGCAGUUUUUACCAGCUCAGCUGCUGCUUCUGUAAACUAAAUCCUACUUGAGCAUGGUAGUAGUGGUAGGGAAGGGGUGCAAUUUGAGUAACUCCAUAUGGCUUCCAGGUUUGACUUCCUCUGGACUCUUUCCUGUUCAUGUUCCUGUUACAGACAGAGCCACGGAUAUGCCCACUCUUUCUAAAGGCCCUUAGCUGUUAAGCACAUUUUACUAAGCUCAGAAACAGCUCUGCUAAGAACCAAAUACUAAGUCGGUUCUUUUGUCUCAAGCACCAGUUAGUCUUGCAGGGCCAUAAGCAAGGCUUGCUUUGCCUAAUCAGACCAAAUUGUUCUAUACUCAGCUAGACUUGACUUGGGGCAUUUGCAAACAGGGCAUUAAUACUGUGUCCUUCCCUUACUGCUUGUUCUCAGCAUAUGGAAUUUAUACAGCCUCUUGUGUCCAGCUAUUUCAAGGCUAGCAGCCAUUGAAAGACCUCAUGCUCUGCAGAGUUGUCUAAAUCUCAGACAGGCAGCCAUGUUCUUAAUGAUGUUUUUUAAAAUGGUGUUUUCUUCUAUUGGGCAAUCUAGUAUAUUUAUCUUGUGAACACAUAAUUUUUAUACAUUUAAAAUCCCAUGUAUAUAUUAAAAUAUUGGGAUAAGACUGGCCCAGGGAAUAAAUUUCAUGCAUUUCUCCCAUUGCUAUGCAAUUAAGCAGCAGUGCAGGACGUUUCCUUUAGAAAAACAUUUCACAUCUGUACUGUAAACUCAACUGGUGUUAUCCCUGUCCCGUCAGAACCCUAAUUUUGUGAGAUCAGCUAGUAACAGAAAUGUUAGCAUCCUUACCAAAGGACAACACAGAAUUCUUCAGGGAGAAGCCACAGCAAUUAAGCUUCUAGAAAAUCCAUGGUAGCUUACACAUGCACACAGGUACAUUUUCUGUUGACCUUUUCUCCUGUACUGGAGUCUGCCAGGGUUAAUAUAAAGCAACAUGUUAGAAGCAUUUUUCAGGAGGGGUGUCUUUUCCAACCUCAGUACAUGUACACUUUAAAAAAUCCAGCGUGGGGGGGACAACAUUUGGGCAUUUUUGUUUCAGGUGCAAAAAUGUCUGCAUCCAGCAAGAACGGUAGAGCACACAUGACGUGCCCAACUUACUGGACUGAUGGGUGACCAAGAGAAGAAACCAAGGCAUCCACAUUUGGAUUGCUAGGAUGCUUCCUGAUGAGACCUUCAACUAGGCAAUUCUCAUUCCAGGAAUUUUACAGGGGUUCAAACAAUAGCAGCAUCUUCCAUUUGCAGCCCUUGUAUGUUUCCUUCUGUCUUUUUUUCUUACCAGAAAAAAACUGUUCAGGAAACAAACCUGGAAUACUUGCACAAUGCCUUUUUAAUUUUUAGCACUAGGAAUUGUCCAUCUGGAAGCACCCCAAGAAUACCAUCGGGAAAGGAUAAUCACAAAUAGCUGUUUGGACAAGCCUUCCUUAUUAUUUGCCGUAAGGAUUUGGGACAAUGCAGGCUCACCAUGAAAUAAAUAGAUGGAAAAUUAAAUAUUGUGGGAAGUUAGAGAGCUCACAUAAGAUUUUCCUCAUUAUUUCUGUGGGGAAAAUGUCUGCUGCAUGCUCCCCUAUAUCUAAAGGCUACACCUUGCAUGAUAAAAACAUGUAUAUACAAAACACUUCCAGAUAAGAAUUAACAUGUAACCUCUGUAUACACUAUCAUAUAUAUAGUUUGCAGUAUGAGUACACAUAAUGAAAAGCCGUGAUUGGCCAAAAUUUCCUGGUGUGUGUCCAUUUACACAUAUGUUUAACCAAAUGUGUUUUCUUCAUCCUCACCAUUUAAUUUAUGUGCUGCUUUUCCACAAAAUGUGCCGAAAGCAUCUCACAACACCAGCACAGCAGUACAAAAUCAAGGAGGCCUAUUAAUGCAUCAGUUACAAUGAUACGCUUUUACCAUAAAACCCCAAACAAUUCAGUUCAUUAUAUUUCGUUAAUACAAAUCUAACAUUUUAAAUAGCAAAAUAAGCAGUAUUGGGCAUUAAGGCACAAUAUCAAUUGAUAUUCAUCAGCAAUGAGUAAAGCAAGGCAAAUAUACCAGCCUUUUCCAGUGCAUUCUGGAAGUAGCAAGUACACACAAUAUUCACUUCCUCUCCAAAUCCUAAACGCAGCAAACCAAAAAGAAAGCUUUCUGAUAACCUGUGGCCAUCCAUCUCUCUCCUGCCCCAGUCCAGGAGGGACAAGCAGAGGAGGGCGAUAAUAAGCACCCUCUUCCUCUGCACUCUGCACAUUCUCAGUGCUGCUGGGAGCAAUGUGGAGGCUGCAGCGAUACAGCCGGCCACUGCACAGAGCCCGUGUUUCCCGUUUCCCCAAAGCAGAACUCACCCUGCAGCAACUGCUCUCUCAUUCUGGCCGUUCUUAGGGCUUUAGCAGAGACAAGGAGGGUAUUCUCAGUGUUCAUAUUCACCAUGGUGUUUAGUCCUUCACCAAGCUCCCGUGUGUGGGUUUUGCAACAUACCAAGCCUCCUCAUGGCUUGUUUCGAGGUUUAGUAACUCACUAGAAUGCUAUGCACCAGGAAGAUGGUGGCUUGGGGCCACCUAAGUUGUAUUUCCUUGCUUUAACACCUGCCUUCCUCUCUCUCUCUCUCUCUCUCUCUUUUGUAAAACCAGCAUAUUUAAAUAAAGCAAGCCUGGAUAUA